AUGGGGUUGACAGUGGACAAAAGAGACCUCACCAACCACAAUCAUAUGGCCAUUGUCCUAGGCAUUGGACUAGGUGUGGUCUCCUUGAUUAUUAUGUGUUUGCUCUUGACAAUCUUCGUCAAUCGCCGAGAGCGCCGUCCCGUUAAAUCCAAGAGCAAUUCGAGCGACAAGUUGCGCAAGUUGGAUGCCGUCUCGCCCACGCGCACCCUCGAAGAAUGGUGGUCCAAGGCUAAGGGGCCUCUGUCACCCUCCGAUUGUGUCGAUGGUCAGUUUGUCUGCGUCGUCUGCCUUGAGUCCGUGCUACGUUCCCAAGAGAUCCGCGAACUCAAAUGUCUGCAUGUUUUCCAUAAGGAAUGCCUGGAGAAGUGGUACUUGCAGGACCACUUUAACUGCCCUCUCUGUUACCGGGCUUAUUACAUCCAAGAAGCGCGUCCCAGUAAUGACUUUGUAUGGAUGGUAUGA